CUUUUUGUUUACAAAAAAAUCAAAAUAAAUCCUAGUUAUAUUUGUUGUAAUUUUAUAAAUUUCUGAAAGAAACUACAGGGAUUUAAAAACAUUUUAAGUUUGUUAGCAAAAGUGACUUCUAGAGAUUGUAUUUGAGGAGUUCAUUCGUGAAAUUUAGAAUUAGUCUUUAAAGACAUUUAAAAAUUAUAUAAGAAAAAGGCACUGCCAGUUCUAAUUUUUUCAAUAGGAAAAUUAAAUCUGCAACUAUGAAUUCUCUACAGUUUUUAGUUAAAGGUGUUAGACAAGAAAUUACGGAAAAUCACUUGCAACUUAAAGCUAUUAUUCAGGAUAUAAAUGCUUGUACCGGACCUCUCUCUGAAUUACAAAAUCUAAAUAGUGCAGGGCGUUGCAAAAUUUCCAUUCUUCGAAAGUUAAUAGACAAAUUUGGAGAUACGGUUAAAGAACAUAGGGAUCAAGAACUCCUUAAGGAGGUCAUUUUAGAAAGAGAGCAACUGGCAAGCUCAAUGGAUGCAUUUAAAAAGGCGAACUUAAAGUCCAUGUUAGCAAUAGAAAAAAUCUCAAAAGAGGAUUUGUUAAACCAUAGCAAGGAAAAAGACCUAAAACAAAGACUGAAGAGAGAUAAAGAAAGUAUGGUGAAAAUGAGUUCUAAUGUUACUGAUCAACUGCUUGGGAUUAGUAAACAAUUAGCUGAUACUACUAAACAGAGCGCCCAAACAUUGGAAACAUUAGCCAUAUCAUCUCAAGCAGUAUUCGGCACACAGGAAGAACUGAAAAACACUUCUGGAAUAAUCGGACAAUCGGGAAAAUUGCUAAAAAAAUACGGUAGGCGCGAACUGACUGAUAAAAUUUUGACGUCAUUCGCAUUUGCAUUCUUUAUAGGUUGCGUGGUUUAUAUUGUACAAAAAAGACUGUUCUAGAUUAUUUGUUUGGUAAUCGAUUUUUUGUCCUUUUGUGGUCCAUUAUAUUAAGUAUUUUAUUA